AUCAAAGUUAAUGUAGCAUUUAUAACGGUGGAUAAUCUAAAACUAUGAAACUCGAAGUAACGUUAGUUUAAAGCACUAUCGUGGCACAAGUUAGUGUGUUUUCAAGGCUGUUGGUUGAUAAGUUUGUGUUAAUUAAGUCACUGAUAAACAAUCAUUAUGUCAGUUAGACAAAAGGAGUUGAUAGUUAAUGGGAACAAGAGUGAAGUGGAAAACAAAAUUAAAAAAAUAGAUAAUGGUAGCGAAGGUUUUGUGGCACCUGAUGGUGGUUGGGGGUGGAUUAUUGUGAUGGCUGCUGGUUUUUCUAAUUUUUGUACAUUUCCAGUAUUGCAAUGUUUCGGAUUAAUAUUCAGAGACAGAUUCGCAGAAUUAGGAAUCAAUUCGUCUCAAAUAACAACAAUAUUAAAUAUAAAUUGUACAGUAACAUCUUGCCUCGGCCUAGCUAAUGGUCCUUUAUUUCGAAAGUUCAGUUGUAGACAGGUAGCAUUCGUAGGGGCUCUUGUUUGUGCUAUUUCUAUUACGAUAUUGUCAACUAUGACAACUUUUACCGGAUCUAUAAUAUUUUUUUCAAUUUUAUAUGGUGCUGGUCUCGGUAUUACGAUGUCAUCAAACUCUUUAGCUUUGAAUACUUAUUUUAAGAAAAAAAGAAGAAUUGCCACUGGUCUUAGCUGGACCUGCACUGGCAUGGGACCCAUAGUAAUGCCACAAAUAAUCACACAAUUGAUACCACUAUAUGGGGUGACUGGUACCGUUCUUAUUUUUGGAAGUUUCGCAUUCAAUGCUGUUGUUUGCGCACUUUUAUUACAACCAGUUCAUUGGCAUGUUAAAAAGGAGAAAGACAUAGAUAAAUUAAAUAAUAGUAUAAAUGUAGAAUCCCAAGGAUUACCUCUACCUGAUCAGGAAACGACAGAAAAUCCUCGUCAAAAUCGUGAAAAGAAUAUUCAAAGUACUUCCAAAUCAUUAGAAGAUAUUGGUGAAAAUACCCAGAGCAAUUUAAAUCUUUCAAGAGGAAAAUUUGGAAGUCAGUAUUUGUAUUAUGAUGACGAAGAAGAUGGCCCUUCUGGUAUAGAUGUAAUGGAACCUGGAACACCUAUGAUGUCACGAGCUAAUGACGGAUGGUUUUCCAGAAGACAUACUUCAACUCCAUCUAUAGUAUCCAAGGCAUCAAGGAAAGAGAACUCAUCGAUGAAUUCUAGACUAUCGAUGGAUUUGAGUAGACAGUCUAAUCUUAAUGCAGGAUCGUCGGUAAGCAACCUUACUAGGCAAAAUAGCGAAACAGAAAAAAGUAGAAGAAGGAUUUCCAGUUAUCAAAAGUCUAUGGUUCCAUUGAUUAUUGUCAACGAAUCUAAUGAACAAUCAGAGGACGUUGAACAUUGCAAAGAUCCGAGUUGUAAUGAUAAAUUAGAACAAAAGCCAGUAAUAAUAGAAGAAGUUGAAACUGACCAAUUAAUAAGAAAUGAAUAUACGGAAGAAAAGACGAAGAAAACGUUCUUAGAAGCUAUAAUAAUAUUCUUUGAUUUAGAUUUAUUACGCGAUCUUGUUUAUGUUAAUAUACUAUUGGGUAUGACGUUUGCCAAUUUCACAGAACUGAAUUUCUCUCUAUUGACCCCGUUUAUAUUAGGGGAAUACGGAUAUUCGAAAAUACAAGUAGCAACAUAUAUGUCACUUUUAGCCGGUGUAGAUGUCGGAACCAGGUUGAUUAUUCCUUUUGUUGCUGAUUUUAUUGGAUGGCAAAAUAGAACGUUUUUCUUAGUUGGCGUCUGUGGAAUAGCAGCUGGUCGCAUAGUGCUGGCACACGUACAGAAUUAUGAAGUGACUUUAGCAGUUGCAAUCUUAAUCGGUAUUGGGAAAGCAUUACGAACAGUAUUCGUAGCUUUGGUAAUUUCAAGUCACGUUCCCUUAUCAAGACUUCCGGGUGCGACUGGUAUUCAAUUAUUAACCAGUGGCAUAGUAUUCUUAACAUUAGGACCAAUUGUUGGUUGGAUCAGGGAUGUAACAUCCAAUUACACGAUAAUGCUACAUUGUCUCAAUCUGUUUACUUAUUUAACUACAAUCUCGUGGUUACUCGAAAUUUAUUUCGUUAAAAGAAAAUCAGAAAAGUUGAUGGAAAAGAAAAGAAACACCAAGUGA